AUGGGUGACGAGUCUGAAAAGGCAACGGAACCCGGACAGGGACAACGUUUAAUAUCCAUAAUUGUCCCGGUGCACAAUGGAGAGAAAUUCCUCAAUCAGUGUUUCGACUCCAUCCUGAAUCAAGAUUUCCCCCUGCGAGAGGUUGAAGUUUCAGUAUGGAACGAUGGGAGCACCGAUGCGUCGGCCUCGCUGAUCGAGAGCCAGAAAGUGCCCCUAGAAAGGGCUGGGAUCAAAUUGAUCUCGGGGUCGGAGUCCGGACCGCCUAGAGGUUGUGGUUAUGCGAAGAACAGGGCCAUCGAGCAGUGCUCGGGGAGAUAUCUAUGCUUCUUAGAUGCCGAUGAUGAAAUGUUGCUGCGGAGAUUGGCGGCUCAGCUCUGCGCGGCGCAGGAGAAUCCCAGGGCCAUUGUCGGGUCUCGUUUCCAUCGGGAACCCCCAGAUUCAACAGUCCGAUACUCUCGAUGGGCCAAUGAUUUGCCGGCUGCGGCGCUAGAGACCCAGAUUUACACCUCACAUGGACCGACCGUGAUCAUGCCCACAUGGUUUUGCUCGCGCGAGACUUAUGAGGCUGUCGGCGCAUUUUCGGAAGCCGGCCGUGGGACACCUGAGGAUCUCAUUUUCUUCUAUCGUCACCUCGAUCUCGGAGGCAGGAUCGUUCGAGUUGAUGAGGACCUUCUGAUGUACAGAUAUCAUCCGCAUGCCACGACCUUCUCGAUUCUCGAGGAAACGAUUUGGAACAUACGUUUGCAGCGUCUACAGCAGAAAGUAUUGUCGAAAUGGUCAUCCUUCACGAUAUGGAAUGCUGGGAAACAAGGUCGGAGAUUCUACCGGACCUUGAACGACGAAAACCGGAGAAAGGUUGUCGCUUUCUGCGAUGUGGACGCCAAGAAGAUAUCGAAGGGCAUAUAUAUUUUCGAGGAAUCGGCCACUACACCGAAACCUCGGAUACCGAUCAUUCACUUCUCACACGCAAAAGCACCUCUCGUAAUCUGCGUGAAGAUCGACUUGACCGGUGGCGGCCUUGAGGAGAAUCUCGCGAGUCUGCAUCUCGAAGAAGGACAGGACUACAUCCAUUUCGCGUGAUGGUCUCCCUGGCGAUUGCUGGACAACUGAAUAUUUGCAGUCCAUCGGACCUCAGCUCAGGAGCGAGCCCCGUGUUCCGUAUCCGGAUUCCCUGAGCUGCCGUGGCCUCUCGCGAAACCCUCUCAACUUAGGCAAUGAUCAUGGGAAAAUAUGAUUCUUUGAUCAAUGCUUGGAGUGCUCGUUCGGAUAAGACAGGAAGAGGCAUCGGAGCGGUGAGCGAGCUUUGAGCUGCUCCCGGAACAUUCUCGUACUGCAGCUCUUCUACGGCGGACGAGUCUAAUA